AUGGCUCUUCAUUCAGCAGACACCUCAAAGCUCAUCUUCGCCCCUGCUGGCCAUCAAGCCACGGGCCAGGCGGAACAAUUCACAAAGGGAACCCUUGUGCGCUCUCAGCUUAACCCGGAAUCUCCCAUUCCUCAAUUCCAUGCUUGGUUCUCUCGUGCUCAGGAAGACGAUUCUGGUGUCGAACAUCCCGAAUCCUGCACCCUAUCAACCGCUUCUCUUCCCUCAGGUCGCAUCUCAUCUCGCACAGUUUAUCUCAAGGAGCUCGAUAAGCGAGGAUUCGUCAUCUACACCAACCUCGGCACUUCACGCAAGUCAGCAGAUAUAGCAACCAACCCACGCGCAGCGAUGCUCUUCUUCUGGGAAUCUCUACAGCGCCAGGUCCAUGUCGAGGGACGUGUGGAGAGAAUCUCAAGGGAAGAGAGCCAGAACUACUACGACACCCGCGCGAGAGGGAGCAGGAUUGGUGCGUGGGCCAGUAAGCAAAGUCAAGUGCUUGAGCCUCAGGACGAAAACGACGAUGGACGCAAGCAGUUAGAGGGAUGGGUGAAGGAGGUUGAGCAGCGAUUUGAAGGGCAGGAGAAGAUUCCUGUGCCUGACUUCUGGGGAGGUCUGAGGAUUAUUCCUGAUAGAAUUGAGUUCUGGCAGGGAAGGGAGAGCAGACUUCAUGAUCGUUUUGUGUAUGAGAGAGAUGAGGGAAGUGAGUCUGAAGAGUGGAAGCUCAAGAGGUUGAGUCCUUGA